AGCUGCUGGUGUUGCCGUGACGAUGAUAUCCUCCCCCCUCCCACACACACACACACACACACACACACACACACUCAGUAGAGAGGAGAGGAGAGCAAACAAGACGCUCUCAUGACGCGAUGGCUUCAGGCUGGAAACAGACACACACUCAUCCAUCGCCUGCGUCUGAGGAAACAUGAUACUGUUCAGCUGAAAUGAGUCAGCUGACAUUUGUAAAGGGAGAGUCUCAUGAUGAUGUAAUGGAGUCUGGUCCGUUGAGCCGAGAUGACGCUGUCCUCCGUUUGAACCCUCUGUGAUUUAAAUCAACACCAACGUCUGGAUUGGACUAUAAUUCCUCCUCUUUUUGGUGUUUCAAGUGACAUUUAUUGCUCUGGGAGUAGACACGUGGACUCAGAAGGAAAUUUUUUAAAGGGAAAAUUUGUGGAGUUUUGGAUGCCAGGCUCCUUCUGCACCCAGCAGGAAUGUAAUGGAAUAAUCACAAACUCAAAUAAAGGGCAUGUCUAAAGGUUGAGCCCUGCAACGCUGCAGCAAAGAGAUGAAGCUCUGACCAAAGUGGAUGAUUGUCCACUAAAUGAACAAAAACAAGACCUACAUCUGAUUUCCCAGCACUCUUGUCUUGCUGCUGUGUGGAACAGUUCUACAGGAAAGGGCUACAUAGACAAAACCUGUCCUCUUGGUUGAUAUCAUUCAACUUUACAGCAAAAGUCAUGCCUCUCCCAGGAUCCAUUAUGUUCCAGGAGGCAUCAUAAAGAGCACAUCUGAAUGUUUCGCCCUGUCCUCUCAACGGGGUGAUGGAAUAAAGUGUGAGACAAGGCGUUUACAGACGCAAACAUCUCCAACAGACAGUAGGAAAACCUUGGAUCUAAACAUCCAGCCCCUUCCCCUGGCUGCAGUCUGGAGUAAGGGGUGUGCUCGGAGGUCCACCCCCGCCAGGCUGCCGCUCGCAGAUGGAGGCUCACCAACACUCCCCAGAUAGCAGCAGUGAGGAGUGCACCGUCCUGGAGGCUCCGCCCGGCAAAAACGCCUGCCCCCAACAUGCAGGGAAGGUGGCAGACUUGUACUGUUCGGCCUGCGAGUGUGCGCUGUGUGAGGACUGUGUGUCGGACCAUGGGGAGCACCCUAAGGUGCCCCUCAGCCAGGCCCUGGAGGAGCACCGCAGCCGGCUGCAGGAGAGGCUGGGCGUCGUCCAGAACAGACUCCCUCAGAUUUCAGACGCCCUGUCCUUCGUCAAGGAGAUCCUCCAACAGCUGAGCAAUCAGAGAGCUUCCAUUGAAGAGGACAUCCAGUCAAGCUUCGAGGAUCUGCACAAGCAGCUGGAUGUCCGGAAGAGUGUUCUGCUGAUGGAGCUGGAGGUCACAUAUGGACUCAAACAGAAGGUCCUCCAGGCUCAGAUGGACAGCCUUGUCCGGGGAGAGGGGGACAUCUCUGCCUGCUGUAGCCAGACGGAGGAGGCUCUGGCUGGGGAGGCGUGUGUGGCGAGCCUUCAGGUGGAGCAGGAGCUGAAGGAGAGGCUAGGGGAGCUGGCCGGCCUCGGUCUGCCGUGUCAGCCGGAGGAGAACGACCAGCUGGAUCUGGUGAUGGAGACAGACGGGCUGAGGAAGUCCAUACACAACCUGGGGACCAUCGUCACGACCAGUGCGGUGGCAAGCCAGAGUGAAGCCAUGGGUGCUGGCCUGGAGCAGUGCAUUGUGGGACAUCCUGCCUCGGUUACUAUAGUGACAAGAGACAAAUCAGGGGGAGCCUGCAAGAGUGGCAAUGCGAUCCUGUCAGCUGAGGUCUUCACACCAGAUGGCAGCAUAGUGGACGGGGAAAUAGUGGACCACAAGAAUGGGACUUAUGAGUUUGUGUACACGGUGCCAAAGGAGGGCGACUUCUCGUUGGCUCUCCGUUUGUACGACCAGCACAUUAAAGGAAGUCCCUUCAAACUGACCGUCAACAGGGUCUCAGAGACCGAAGUCGAGGUGUCUCCCUCCACCACCACAGCAACCAACUCAGCAGCCUACGCCACCCCGUCCACGGGCUCCUCUGAGGGGGCGAAGAGACGUGGGAAGUCGCCCGGCCAGAAGAAAAAGGGCUCCAAGAGGGCCAGCAGCGCCUUGGGCACCCCACGACGCAAAACCCAGAACCCUAUAGAGGACGACCUUAUCUUCAGGAUCGGAACAAAGGGACGGAAUAAAGGAGAGUUCACCAACCUUCAAGGAGUGGCUGCCUCCUCCACUGGCAGGAUACUGAUAGCUGACAGCAACAAUCAGUGUGUCCAGAUUUUCUCCAACGAGGGGGAAUUCAAGAGUCGCUUUGGGGUGCGGGGACGGUCGCCGGGGCAACUCCAGCGUCCCACAGGCGUGGCCGUGCACCCCAGCGGUGACAUCAUCAUUGCCGAUUACGACAACAAGUGGGUCAGCAUCUUCUCUGGCGAGGGCAAGUUCAAGACGAAGCUUGGCUCAGGCAGACUCAUGGGACCGAAGGGCGUGUCCGUGGACCAGAACGGUCAUGUGAUCGUGGUUGACAACAAGGCGUGCACUGUCUUCAUCUUCCAGCUGACCGGCAAGCUCAUCACCAAGUUUGGUAGUCGAGGCAACGGUGACAAGCAAUUUGCAGGUCCACACUUUGCAGCUGUGAACAAGAACAAUGAGAUCAUCGUGACUGACUUCCAUAACCACUCCGUCAAGGUUUUCACCCUUGAGGGCGAGCUGGUGUUGAAAUUUGGCUCUAACGGUGAGGGAAACGGCCAGUUCAACGCGCCCACUGGUGUAGCUGUGGACAUUAAUGGGAACAUCAUCGUAGCUGACUGGGGCAACAGCAGAAUACAGGUGUUUGACGGCAGCGGCUCCUUCCUCUCCUACAUCAACACGUCAGCAGACCCUCUGUACGGACCCCAAGGUCUGGCUCUGACCUCAGAUGGACAUGUGGUAGUGGCUGACUCCGGCAACCACUGCUUCAAAGUCUACCGCUACCUACAAUGAUGGAGGACUGGAUGGAGAAGUGAAGCAGAGGAAGGAAAGACACAUGGAGGGAGCAGCUGUCGGAGUGGAGAGAUGUGCACGAUGUCAAAUUCUAGGAAUUAUUACAUGAACCUUUACUGCAGUCUGUAAUGAAGGAGGGAGGGAUGGAUGGAAAAGAGGAGGAAGCAAAGAAGAAGGAUUAGUCAUCAUCACAUCAUCAGACCACAGUGAACCUAUGAUCUGCUUUUGACAUCUUCAAUAAUAAUAAAGUAUGAUCAUAGUAAUCUUCAACACCUGAAACAGUGGAUGAGAAAGACUGGUCUUUGAACUACAUCUUCUUGUAGUCUAAAGAGGGAUAAGAAGAAUAGUAGAUGAGGGGGAAUGGAAUGAUGGUGGAUUCAAGACUUUGCUGCACUAAUGCAAAUUUGAGGAAACUCGCAGUGGGACGCUGGAGUGAUGCAAGACUGGAGUAAAAACAGAUAUGCAACGACUGCAUCAUGAUGUCAAAUUCUAAAACUCCCUCUUUCUCCCAGCUUGGCAUUAAUAUAAAAAUGGAGGAGUGAAUGAAAAAAACGGUUUUAAACAAAAGAAAGAAAAAAUACAGGCUGCAAAAAGAGAUGAUGAAAAAUGUCUUUGGAAACCACUGCUUCCUAAACGGAGGGCAUGAUGAAUAAAGGGAUUGGUGAAGUAUCGAAGGCAUGAGUGAACAAAUAAAGUCUGGUGUUUUGCAGAGAAUGGAUUAAAGGAUUAAAAGUUUUCUAAUGUUCUGCCUUCUCAUAUGUAUGUAACAGACAAAUGAAUGGCCAUCGAGCUAAAAGAUGUCUACGUCUUGGUUUCUCAGUCUGGGUUGGUACUACAGAUUCCCCCAACUGCUUUUUGUACAGUAGAUUAAAUUCCUCCACCAACAUAUAUUCUAACAUUUGGAAGCAUUAGCCACAGCCAACCAGCACAUAUGUUCUGUGCCUGCAGGUGGCGGUUGUCUGUAAUCGUCAUUCAAAAAGGGAAACCAGAAGACCAGCCUGUUCUCAUUCUGAAGUCAUCAAAUAAUGCCGCUUUGCCAGUGAUUUUAGCACGCUGAUGCCAAAGCCACCCUCAGUGGCCAUAUGAUGCGCCGCCGGGUGGCGUCAGUGUGCAGCUGAACCUUUAUGAUACUCCGCUGGUUGGCUGGACGGCAGCUGUCGCAGCAUGUGAAACAUGUGGCUGUAUGAGACGCUGCUGGUAACAAAGUAAUAUAAGGAAGGGGAGGUGGAUGAGUCCAACAAACCCCACACUUUUACCCGGGAGGCCAUGAUGUUUUUUUCUAAACAUAACCAUGUGCUUUUGUUGACAUCCUGGCAUUGGCUGCAGCGUCCAGGAGUGUAAAUAGCUGAUGCCAAACGAUACCUAGCGUGGAAUGUACAGACAUGAAAGGCGACUGCGAAAUGGCGAUAUGUGACAACUUUGGAAUGAGAACAGGUUGAGAAGACCGUCUUGAUGUUAGUUGGCCAGUUAGCACAUUACCAACACAAUCCAAUGUUGAAAGAACAGAGAAUAUUUAUCACGUGCCAAAGAACAAUAACAAUAACCAUCAAGAUUUGACUCACUGGCUAAAGAAAAACAGUCUUACCUUCCUGGUCUCACUCCCUCUUGACUUUAGCUCUUUAUUCAACACAUUGAAUCGGCGUAAAAAAAAAAAACGACUGACGAGGGCCAAUGGUGCAGGACACACUGCAGUGAUGACGGCCGCUGGCGCUCACUGACGCUCACUGAAGGCCCAACAUUGAUCAACGCUUGAAUGUCAGUUUGGUGUGUCAGGGCCUUUAGAUCUCAUCAGGGCGCCCUUGAUCAAAGCACUUAACAUCAAACUGGUCCAGCUAUAGAGAGCUGUGGUUGUACUGGAAAACUUCCAGCAGUGAACGUGUAUAUCUGUAAAUAUUCAGCAAGGAAUCACUUAAAAAGGGCAUUCUCACCCAGCCAAGUUUACAGUACAAUUACUUUAUUGUUGAAUGAGAAAGAAAUCUCGUUAGACUAAGACAUGGGCCACUUUUAGCCUGUUGUCCAUUGUUUGUACAUUAGGAUUGUCUGAAUGUGGAAUGUUUAUUUACUUUCCUGCCAUAUGCUAGUAUUCUAUCAAAGGCAAUAGAUUCAUCAGUAGAAAUGAUUGCUUAACUCUGGUUCUGAUUGUCUGGAUGAUUGUUCCAAUUGGUUGACUGACACGGUAGCUUUGACGAGCAGCAUCGUCUUAUCUAUGCUUGGUUUGGGUGUUAAUAUAUUUUUUCCUGACAAAUCUGUUGCAAGGAGAAGAAAAGCGUCUAUAAAUCUAUCCUAUAUAUUUGUGAGAAUACCUUUAAUAAUAUCCUGUAAAAUGCUCAAAUUCAUUGGCAUAUUUGGAAUCAGCAACAUCAUUCCUCACUUGUUUCUGCUCGCCGUCUCAGUGACAAACACCAAAAGGUCGGGGGAGGAGAAUCUAGAACAUUCUUCGACAUUGCCAAGGUUUCUAGAAUGCUCUGAGAAUUCCCAGAAGUGCUGUCGCUGGCUUGUACGACUCCAUGUCCUGUCACCGCUCAUAAAACAAUACCCCAGUGUUCUAAAAGCAUGCCUCUGUAUUAUGUGAUUGUUGACAUCAAACUUACCACUACGCAUUUGAACUGUAAGCUCCCCAUUUUACAAACAGAUCACACGCACCCAAGAAGACUCUCAGUAAUGUUGAGUAAAGGACAAGAGACGAGACAAUGUGAAGCAUUUAAAAAUGACUUUUGGAAAAGUGUCAUAUUAAUAACAGUAAUACAAAGCAUUUAAAUAGGCAAGAAAUGCAUUUCAGUUACUCACAUUAGCAUUCAUUUAGACAGUUUCAACCUUUAUCGUUAAUAUACAGAAAACAUCUUUGGCUGACUUGUGGUCGGGGAAAUGGUGUCCUAUCAAGUUCACACUGGAUCAGUAAACUAUAUGUAAGUUAUUACUUUUAUUUAUUUAUUUAUUUAUUUAUCAGUUCCAUCAUUUCAAUAUUUCUCUCUUGCCAUUUGAUUGUGUUCCACCGUGUGCAUUGAAAUUCUUAAGUGCCCAUUAUACUUCUUGUUUUUGUACAUUUUGUCUGUUCUGUUGAAUCAAAACAUGAUUGUUGGUCUUUGACACAUUUUAUACUGACUGUUGUGAGUGGACAAAUCAGCGUCUCAGAGUUGUCUCGUUUGAAAGUCAUCAUGCUGUAGGGGACAAAUAAUCAAGCUAGCCAGUUCGCAAAAACAGUUUGUUAGCAUUCUGAUUGAAACCACUGGACAUGCUUAGCACAAAGCUAAUAAGUUAGCUGUAGCUAAGAGUACAAUGUUCAAGCUUUUUGUCCAAGUACGGAGGUUUAUUUUGAAAUGUGAACAGCUGGUGCUUCUCAAAGUCAAGGAACGAUCCUUAAAUGGCUGAACUUCAAGGAGGCUACGUCAUCGAAUACUGCCGAACAACUGUUCCGCUGUCAAGGAGCCUUUGAGCCUUUGCAUGUGUGUAUCCUCAGCAGGCGUGAAGAACCCACAAAACUUUGCACAUGAUUUGCCCGAAUUGAAGGCGGGGCCUCUUCAGUGACACACACCUCGGCACUCACAGGCCUUUUCCAGUGUGUGUUUACCACAUGCUAGGAAGGAGUCUUGCCUAGUCUCUGUAGACCCCAAGUUGGGAGGACUCGUCCUACCAAGGAAGCAUCCUUGACUUUGAGAAGCACUGUCGGUCCCUUUUGUAACAAAGGGUACAACUAGUUAAAAGCUAACUUGGUUUCAAUGCUGAAUGCUAAUGCUAGCUGUCACUUUUACAGAUGGGUAAGACAAAAACAGUUUGAUAAGCGAACAUUCGAUUAAAGUCGUCAGAGUCCCAAAAAGAAGUUCAUGUCGUUUCCCUAAUUGUGCUGAUUGUCAGUUUGUUAAAAGUACAUUCUCUGACUUUGUUUAAGCUCCCAAUACUGCUGUCAAAUCUCCAACUUUGCUCAUCGCCAGUGAAUUGGUUGAAGACUUUUGGAUUUGUUGGCAGUAUUGAUCGUUUCAACAGAAUCAGAUUGUAUCUUCUGAAGUAAUCUGGGCCUUGUUUGCUGAUGAUUUAGCCUUAAUGUCUAUUACAAAUGAAUGUUAUUCAGCGUUGACAUGAUGGAUUUGCCUUCUCAGUGACCUUGAUUUGAAAUGUACUGCAAACAUGAGUAAGUUAGUUGACAACCAUUUCAGACAUAUUGCUCAUUUGUAGACUACACAUCCAUUUGAGGGAACUUCCGAAAUUCUGACAACUGGAAAAAGACAUUCCUAAAUCAACACAAAAGAAAGAAGCUACAUUAGUCAUUACAAACACACACAUGGCUCGAGCAUCAUUGUUGGUUUGCACCAUGUGAUCGACACUGCAGUUCUUUUUCCUCAAAUGGAUAUGUAGUUUUUUGGAACACAGCUCUUAAAGCACUGAUCAGUUUCUUACAGUUUCUCUUGCCUGCUCUUUCUCUCUCUGUAUUUACUAUCUGUCAUGUCUGUUCACUGUUAUGAACCGUCUCUUUAAUAUUCACACACACUCAACACUGAAAUAAAGCAUUGAUUCCUAA